AUCUAAGAGCAUUAAAACGGAAGGAUGAUAUUUCCUGCAUGGUUUCAUCUGUUUCACACCAACCAGAUCUCACUAGACUGCAGCUGUCAGCCACUGAAACUAAAGGAAUGCUCAGGCCAUGUUUUUUCUUAAAGCGGAAUGGAUUGUUUUGGCCUUUCUCCUCGGCCUCUCAGGGGGUCUGGGAAAAGAAAUGCGUAUUUGUGUCCUGAAAGGUUCAACUGUGAAUCUGACCUGCUUUGUGGAAAACUCAUCAGUUCCUAAGAGCUGGCACACUGUAAAAAACAACAACACGUUUGUUAAGGAAGAACUGCCCGAAACUGCGACUGCAAACUACAACAUAAGUGAAGACAAUACGCUGAUCAUCACAGAUGUACAAAAGAGUGAUAAUCAUUCCUACUGCUGCCAAGAAUCCAGCAAAACAGCUGAAGAGUGCUGGAAACAAAGAACAGAGAUACAUGUCACAGACCUUCAGGUAAAGGUGUUUCCUGCCACAGAGGGGCAGAAAGUUACUCUGAUGUGCACAACCAGCUGUCCUCUGACCGAAAGCCCUGAGGCCUUCAUUUGGUACCAGAACAGAGAGUUUCUCUAUGAGGACUGGUCCCACUGGUACCGAGAACUGGUCAGCAGUGAUCAGGCAGUCAGAUACUCCUGUGCCAUCAAAGGCUAUGAGGAUCUGAGAUCUCCUGAGGUCUCAGUGGACUUUCUCAAUCAAAACUGCUUUCGUGUGAGAUAUCCAAAUGUGGAGGUGUGUCCCAGGAAGCUGAAAUCAGCAGAGGAGCCCUGCUUCAUCAUGUAUCCUAAAGAAGUAAAUGUUGACCUGACCACAGGGAAUGACUCUGUUAGACUUACCUGUAACACAAGCUGCCCAGCCGCUGACUCUAGCACCACCUUUUUGUGGUACUGGAAGGGAAAUGUCCUAGACUGCAUGAGUCAGGGCAUCUUAGUCUUUAAAUAUACCGGCUACAUGUCCUGUGGUGUCCAUGAAUACCUGCACUCUGAUCAGAUCUGCACUGACAAUAACUGUGCACACAUGAAUUAUAUCGGCAACAGGUUCUGCAGGCUUGAAGAAUCAUCUGUAAACAUUUCCAGAAAAUACACAAACCCCCCCUACGAUUCCGGUCAUGAAACAUGGUAUAAACUAAAGAGAAACAUGGAGGAAAAGCCCCAUAUCACCGAAAUUAAAGCUGGAGGCCGUGUAGCGUACCACAGCAUAAAUGGAAAUCAACAUACGCUCACAAUUAAUGACCUGAGGAAGAAUGACUCGGGAGAAUAUAUGUUCAGUUCCAAUAAAGACGAGAUUUGUAAACCGCCUGAGUCGCUGGGAGUGAUCCUGGUGGUUACAGGUCUGAAAGUGACCAUAAUUCCCUCUGAUGUGGUGAAGGAAGGUCAGAGAGUCACGCUGACCUGCAGUACCAGUUGUCCCCUGUCAGAGAAAACAACCUACCUGUGGUUCUUUAAUGAACAACCGCUCAGCCAGAGUACGAAGCACAACAAGCAUCUUAUUCUACAUCCAGUCCUACUUCUGGAUGCAGGAAACUACUCCUGUGCCGUCAAAACCCCCCAGAAUAUCGGCUCACCUCUGAAGGCUCUUACUGUCAACGAAGCAGAUAUAUCCAUCGUCAUGAUAAUUAUGAAUGUUACAAAACUGGCCUUUUUGUCACUGCUUCCUCUUGUUGGAAGUACUCUGUACCUGAUGCUAAGGAAAAGAAGAAAUGCAACUUCAACAGCAAAACAGUGUUAAAAAGCAGAAUAUGAAGAGGUGAUAACAAAUUCUAAGAAGAAAAUCUUUUUGUUUGUUUUGUUUCUCUCACUUCAGUAUUUACUUUUUUUUUUUAGGUGACACUUUUAGAGAAUUGCAUUUUUGACCAUAAAUCCUAACGCUGAAAGAGGAAGAGGAGCAGUAUUAGGACAUUGUAUAAUAACUGAUUGAAAGCCGUAUACCAUCUGAGCCCUGCAAAUAAUGUUAAGACAGAGUGCAGGCUAUGCUCUUAGGUCUAUAUGAUAAGAAAUGGUUUUGGUUUUUUUAAUGUCACUUCCUGCUUGAGUUUUGGAUGUAAGUUUGUUAUCUACACCAACAUCUGUACAGCUAACCAAGCUUUGAGGUUAAAAGAAAAGCUCAUAAAAUCCUACUGCAAAUUGCUAAAUAUUACAGCCAAAGUAAUGGAAAGUUUGUUUCUUGCUUUGCCCUGGCUGCACCAAAACGUACAGAACAACCUUUUGCUUAAGGCAUUUUUGAUGCUAGUCCUCGUUUUCAGCUUUCCAGUGGAAUGUUUCGUUCAAGAAUGACUGGUAGUCGGUACUGUCACUCAUUUCUUCCACUUUGUAAAAUACCCUUGUUCCCAUUAAAAACAGUAACCCCAUAGCCUGAGGCUAUCACUGCUUAUUCCAUACUAAGUAUCGUGAUCCUUUGGUAAUGUUAAGUUUGCUUAUGUAUCGAGAAUAUGCAUUGAGCAAAAACCAAAUGCUUUCUUCAGACCAUGACACAUCUCACCAAUGUUUUAAGUGAUUUUAGGCAAGCCUGUAAACAAGCUUAUCUCCUUCCACACAGCCUUUUGUUUUGUGUAAAAUUGCUGAGAUGUAUAUGUGAUGCAUCUAUUCUGUUGUAAUUUAGUAACGCAUUAAUAUAAAUAUCUAAUGUCAUAUGAGUAAGGAUUAAUGUUUCUUUAUUAAAUAUUUCCUGCUGUUUCUUAAAUAUGUUAUGAGAUUCAAAGAAAGCUCCUAUUUGGGGCCAAUUUCCAAACCUUCAUGGCUAGAUCACAUCUAAUUGCUGCAGCCAACCCAUUUUAUCUAAUUAUUUAAUGACUUUCACCACACUAGAAAAUGUUUUACUUGCAGAUUUUAAUCUCCACAUUGAUGAUGCUUCGAAGAAUUUGGCCUAAU